UUGACCAAAGAUUAGGUUUAAGAUAUCAAUUGCCAAGAUAGUUCUUAGACCAAAAUGGUCCGACCAUCCGGAUCAACGACAGUUCGAAAACCAUGAUUCAAAUAUCACAUUAAAAUAUAAAAUAGUUAGCCAACCCUAAUCCAAAAACUAGAGAACUAUGGGCUUAAAAGUUAUUCAGUGAUAUUCAGUCCUUCACGGUUAAAAGUUAAAAAACUGCCAUGUGAAUGGGCCCGUGCAAAAUUCAGUAACCCUUUGGCUGAUUCUCUGGCUCCGGCUUUUCGCAAGGGCGGCGGCUGGACCAACUUUAUUCCGGUUCAGCUCAACUACAGUGUACUCAAUUAUAUCCUAAUAAAGUUCACCGUUAUUUUGUUUUAUAUGCUUUCUCAGGUGUUCCGGCGGUGACGGUGGCGGAGCAAGAUUGGGGGGUCGGGGUCCCGGACACAGAAACUUCCUUUAAAGCUGACUGUGAUGACGAGAUGCAAUCGAACCAAUUAUUUUUCUCUUUUUUCUCUCUUAUUUAUUCGGUUUAUUAUCUCCACCGAUUAACCCUUCUGCCUUUCACUUCUUUUCAAUAAUAAUAAAUCAGUUAGAUGCCUUUGUCUUCUCUUCUUUGUAUUUUUCCUGAAAACCCAACUCAUAGAAUCCCUCACUCUAUUCCUUCUGAACUUCUUCUUCUUGUUCAGAGCCUCCAGUUUACAGGACCAGAGAUGGGUGUCUUCGGGUGUUCGAGGUUUUUCAACUUCAGUGUAUCUCUGUUUUUCUUCUUUUCUUUAUGUCUGAGCACGUCAAUGGCGGAUGAUGGAAGAAACACCUCUGCCCCAAGCAGCAUGGAAGGAGAUAUCUCUACAACGAAUCUUCAACCUCCACCUCCCUCUGCUUCUGUUGCGAAAUCGAAUAUCACUCCUUUCAGGCCGAGUAUUGCCGUAAUCGUCGGCGUCCUGACGACCAUGUUCUCUAUCACAUUUCUGCUUCUUCUGUAUGCAAAACACUGUAAACGGAGCAGCGGCUUUGGUGGGUACGCAGGGAAUCAAAGUUCUGGGUUCCCCGGUUCGUAUGCAGCGAGGAGGAACUCUGGGAUCGACCGCUCUGUGAUCGAGUCGUUACCCAUUUUCAGAUUUGGGUCUCUCAGGGGACACAAGGAGGGGCUCGAGUGCGCCGUUUGUUUAACCAGGUUCGAAACCACAGAGGUGUUGAGGCUGCUUCCCAAAUGCAAGCACGCGUUCCAUGUCGAAUGCGUUGAUACCUGGCUCGACGCUCAUUCCACUUGCCCUCUCUGCCGCUACCGAGUCGAUCCAGAAGAUGUUCUCCUGGUCGAUGAAACCAAACUCGUCGAACAAAACGAACAAGAAGUAGUGAAAGAGGCGAAAUCGGCAGAAGAGAAGGACAGCCCUCACAGUGUUGCAAUCGUAGUAGAGGAGCUCCAGAAGGGAAGAGAAUCCGGGCCUGGGUCCGGUUCAGAAACUCGAGGUCGCAACUCGGCUGCUGAAACCCCAGCCCCGGCCCCGGCCCCGGCCCCAGUCCCAGCUUGGUAUCGAAGAAUAUCAGGUCGGCACUCAUCGGCCGGCGAGAGAACGAGUCGGUUCAUGCAAAUCGUCGUGCACCGGCCCAGCGAUUCGGAGGCGCACGACUCAAGAAGAUCUCUCGAUAGCGUGAGCCUGAGGAAGAAGAAAGAGUCCGUGUCCUCCGUGUCCGUCGGAUGCUUCGACCGUGGCCGGAAAGAUCGCCUUCUGUUGCCGGAAUCCACACCCGACCGCAAUCGGGAGAGCCUCGAACGUCGAUUGGAGCAUCGGAUCAUCAUCUCCGCUGGCAAUCCAACUGGGCCCCAGUUCGAACAACGGUGGAGCGAUCUGCAGCCGUCGGAUCUACUAUUCCUGCGGUCGGAGAUGAUAAUCACCGAGAGCGGCCGAUACUCGGCGUCGUCGGGCUCUCGACCGUCGAUCUCAUCCCCGAAGCAUCAACGUCAUAAUUAUAACCGACAGCAGAGAAGGGAGACGGACAUUGAUGGGAAUGGCAGAAGCGUAAUAAAUUCGAGAAGCGUGUCGGAAAUCACGGGCUUAAGCAGGUUCUCGAACAGAACGAGCAGCGAACACAAUCAGAGUCAUCAUCAGGGCCAAGAGCGAAAGGCCAGCGUUGUAAACAGAUGGUUAGCAUGGGCAUCUCAGCUGAGACGUACGUAAUAGGCGUACAGUAGACCAAAAGAUUUUGCCCCUGAAAAUCACUAUUUUUACAACAGAACCAAAUCCUUUAGUACUACUGUACUACGGAAAUCCACCGGAUUAAGAAGCUUCUUCCUCUCGUUCUCCUUCCUUCCUCUUGUUCUACUGAGUCGGGGGGGCGGGGGGAGGGUACGAGUCACGAGUCAGGCGUGAAGGGGGGAUGGGUGGGGUGUCUCGAGAGGCGUAAAUGCUGGUGGACGCUUUUGCGGGGAACUGCCAACUGUAAAAGAUUGUGAAAGGAAAAUGUGGGGGAAAGUGAAAGGAUAGAGGUGAGGAGUUUGGGAGUUGGAAUUUGGAAAGGUGGAAGGAUUUUGUCUAGAUUAGUGUUUUGGACGUUUGUGGUGGCAGCAAAACAGAGGGAGUCGUGAUUGUUUCUGGGUCAUGUUAUUUGUUACGUAUGUGACAAACCAAAAACCAAAAGACCUACAAGGAAAAGGAGAGCUCGUUUUAUGAAGUAAAAUUGCUUUGGAUUUGUAGGGUUUUUUUUUUAUUUUUUUGGUACGAAUCACGAAAAGUGAGAUACCUGGGUGUGGAUGAGUGAUUGGGUUUGUGUGGGUUUUGCAAUGGGGCUUCUAGCAAGGCUUCCAUCCAGCCCAUGGGUCAGAAGAUUGGCCCUAGGCCCGCCCAUUUUGUCCAUUUCGGGUCUUUUUUUGCCUUUUAUAUAUCUUUAUUUAUGCUUGAGUUACACAAUUUAAGCUUAAAGUAUUUAACAUCUAAGGCUCAUUUUGCUCUAGUAGGAAUUGCAAAUUCUGGUUCAGUUUUGCUUCAGAUUUGCACUGGUGGAAAAAGAUUGCACUGCAUUUGAAUAAAAUGAUAGAACUUAACCUAUGUUAUUAAA